UUUCUGCCCUCCCGCCAUCAGGAGAGAGGAUGGAUCCUUGUGGUCCUGAAUGCAGGCCUGAUGGCGGCACCUGGAGUGGGGUGUGGGCACAGGUAGAUGGGAUUCACCUGGGCUGAGACUGGGCUUUUAAGGGCGGCGUCACCGGGACGCCAGCAGAAGCCAAGAAGCCAAGAACAAACAGAAGCCGGGAGAGAAGCAGAGAAGGCCGGAGAGCCCACGCAGAGUGAAGACUCACUGGGGGCUGGGAGGCCUGCCAGCCUCCCGGCCCCCCAGCACCCCUGCCUGCUGUGUACCAGGUGGACACCAUGGACAAAGAUGAGAGGCUGAGUGUGCAACCACGUUCCGAGAACUGGGAACAGCCGGUGCUGAGCCCCGAGCCCGGUAGAGGAGCGGAGCCGGUGGGCCUGCCUUUCCAUCCAGGCCUGAGGAGUGGACAGUCGUCCUUGCAUCCUGCUGGGAAGGAUCCGGAAGUCCAGGGUCUCACACGCCUUAGUCCAUCCGUGCUGCUGGAUUCAAGGGCCACGCGUGCUUGAAGAACAGCUCAAGGGCCUGGCGAGAGGAACAAGGAAUGGUCAGGAGCGGGGUGAGCUGUACUGGGUCGCGCUGCCAGGGCCAGAACGUAAAUUUCUUACUGAAACCUGAAUUAUCACUCGUGGCCAAUUACAGUUCUGCGAGGUUGAGCCCAGAACAGACUGCUCCGUCUGACAGGCCUGGCGCCAUGGCCCGCGUGUUCGUGUACGGGACGCUGAAGCGGGGCCAGCCGAACCACCGAGUCCUGCUGGACAGCGCCCACGGCAGCGCGGCCUUCCAGGGCUGCGGCCGCACGCUGGAGCCCUACCCGCUGGUGAUCGCGGGGGAGCACAACAUCCCCUACCUGCUGCACCUCCCGGGCAGGGGCCACCGCGUGGCCGGGGAGAUCUACACCGUGGACGAGCAGAUGCUGCACUUCCUCGACAGGUUCGAAGACUGCCCCGACAUGUACCAGCGCACCCCGGCCACCAUCGUCCUCGAGGGGGUGGGCGCCACCCCGGAGACGCCGGACGCCAAGGUGCAGUGCUUCCUGUACAGCACGGCCACCUACUCGCCCGAGUGGGUCCACCUCCCCUACCACGACAACUACGACUCCCAGGGGAACCACGGGCUGCGCUAUAAUCCCCGAGAAAACCGAUGAGACGCGGGGGCUGCGCGCGGCAGAGGGGGCCUGGCGAUUAGGGUUACCUGGGGCGUCCGCACUCCUCCGGCGCAGAGGCGCGGCGAUGCCUUUGAAACAGACGUUUGUCAAACUCAAUCUGUAGGAGUGAAAACAACAAUCUUUCCGUGGCAGCUGAUUGCACAAAUAAUUUCGCCACACUGAUAACAAGAUUGUGCCUUAAAUCCCUUUCUCUGAGACCCCCGCAUUGCUUGCUGCUUCGAGAGCAUCAUGGGCUUGACGCUCUUGGAUAAGAAAACUUUGGGAUUUUCAUUCCCCUAAAUGACAGUUAGAGAACCAUGUGUUAUCAUCAUCAUACUUCUCUUUUUGCUUUGCUUUUCUCUGAAGAUAACAUUUGAAAUGAAAGUAAAGGCUGCUGCGGUGAGCUUUUAGCAGCCCCACUGUACUGCCUUUGGCCUGUACCACCAAGAAAAAAAUUUAAGUAAAAGCUGACGUUGGGUGCCCCGUGGUAAUAAAAGCACUUGAGGACAAACACGCUGUACUUCGGAGUCUCUGUAAUGUCAUUCUCCACAUGCAGAGCGCGCUGAAACGGGGACUAUUAAAGAGGAUCAUUUAAAACCGAUGUUUUGGGAAAUACAAAAAUGCUGGAGAAUUGCGGGCCUUUGGGGGGAGGGUCUGUUUAGCUGGUAGAAGGCGCUCUUGGAGCUCAUGUAGCAAAAUAAGGAGCGCCCAUUUGCUGGCAGACGCAGCUGAAGCCCCCGUUUCAGGUGAAAGCACACCCCGAUCCAGAGCAUCGCAGAGAGCCCCGCGCCUGCCUCCGAAGCGGCGGCAUCUGGGGGUGGGCCUUGCGGAGAAGAACCAGCACGUUAGUAAUUUGUUCUUCAGGCCUGACAGAAAGCUUAGCUUCCAAAUACAAACAGCACUUAAAAUAAUGUUAGCAAGGCACGAAGUACCAAUUACUACCCACCUCCAUCUGAUCCUCUGUCAGCGCAGAUUCCAAUCAGCGCACGACUCUGCCCCUGCCGGCUUCCCAGCAAAGUAUGAAAUGUAGUCCAAGAAUCCAGAACCAAAUGGAAAUGCAGCUGCUGAUCGCGAGUAACCUCGUCUCGUUGGGAGAGCGCGCUCGCUCCUCCACUUAAUGGUAGACUGUGAUCGCGCGCUGCAUCUGGCACAAACACAUCAUCAUUAUUUUUAGCCCCUUUUUCUUCACUGGAAACUUGCUUCACAAAACCACAAAAAAGGCGAGGACAGGUCUCAGCCGAGGAGCUGGUGGCAGCCCCACCCACGACCCCUGGGGUGCGGGAGCCCGGGCAGCCUGCCCUGGGCCCGGCCAGCCCGCCAGGGAGCUGUGGGGGGACAGGGACUCACCUGUGUCCCGGGAAGGGCCGCCGCGCCAGGAAGGGGUCGGCAUCGCCUUCACGGGGGCAGAUGGUAACUUUAUGAAACUGAAAGCAAAGAACUGGGAUUCACAGAAACUUUUAAAAGGCCCAGGCAGAGUGAAACCCUCGUAUCGAGAUUGUACUGGCACAGCCGUAGCCCCUGAUGCACAUUGUCUUCAUUCAAAAAAAGGGCAAACUAAUAUUUAGACAAAUGCUCCGUUUUAUUGAUUUAAUUUUGACACUAGGAAAUCUCACAGCAGAAGUACAAAUCAUAUGUACAAGUAUUUAUAUCAAUAAAGAUUUCCAUUGGUGAUUUUUUGGCAGAAUGUUGGUUUUGACUAUAUGUGGAAUAAAUAUGACCGUGUGAAAUCUGCUGCACAGGGGUGUCCCCGCAGAAGCGCCUGAAGAAAUUGAGUGUGAAGGAAACGGAUGCAAACGGCUAAUUAGACCGGGGGAUGCCGGAAAGGCUAGAAAGACUUCACUCCAGCUCCACCAGCAGAUCUCCUUCGCCCACGGUGUCUCCAGCUUUACACUGCACCGACUUCACCUUGAAUUAAAAAGAGGGGGUGGUGAGAACCCCUGAGUCCACCGGGAGGGCGAAAUCGCGCCCUCCGCUUCGGGGAGAGCGAGCCAGCGGCCAGGUCAGAGCCGG